CGGGUAUCGAGAGCCUCCAAAUUACCCGGACUAAGUGAAGAUUUUCACGUUCCCUCGAUGACAGAAUAUUGCGUGCUUUGGUGUUGAGCAUUGCGAAGGAAGGGAGUAUGCAGAUGGUGUGCUUGGUGUUUCUGCGGUAUAUAUGGGGCAGCAUGGCUUGAAGAUAGGUUGUCUUCAUUAUUAUUUCGUUAUCCUUUGCAGAGUUAUUUGGUGUUGGUCUUCCUUGUCAGAGUUUGCUGCAUAGUUAAAGCACUCAAUAUCCUAUAAUCCGAUAUAAUUGCGACGCUUGAUCUUUAUCUUCUUGUCUGUUGUCAGUCAUUUAAAGCGAAAUGGCACCCGGAAUUGGAAAUAUCAUCCUUCCAACCGUCAGCAUACAACCCACAAAACAACCUCUCCCGCGACGCCAAACCACCCUAUACCACCACAGCCAGGUAACAACCGACUCAGACGCUCUGCAAUUCGAAGCCGCUGCAUCCGAACAGCUCAAACUCCGCGAUGGCACAUCCAGUGACACACAAUCAUCAGAGGAAACCCUCCUGAUAACCUCACCCUACAACUCCCCAAACCACCUCCUCGAUCUAACAACGCUCGACACCGCAAACCAACUCUUCGCCAAAGCCCUCACCAUCUUCACCCCCAUCCGCCCCGGCUACGCCACAGCUCCAUAUCUCGAGUCUUUCAACUGGACGGCCGUCUUCUCGUUCCUCCGUGAACUCUCGCAAGCAGAGGAGUAUCACUUCCCGCGAACAAGUUUCUACGUCGUCGCGUUCCGGUCGAAACUAUUCCCUGAUACGGAUGGUGGCCGAUUAGGUCUGUUAGACGACCAUUCGCAUCGGGAGGCGACGGAAAGCGGGGGGUUAUUGAAAUAUUGGUUUGGGAGCAAAGACGGGGAGCAUCGGAAUUUGGCGACCUGUCUUUGGAGGAGUCGCGAGGAUGCACGGAAUGGGGGGAUAGGACCGUGGCAUCAGAAGGCGAGAGCGGCGGGGAGAGAGAUGUAUGAGAGCAUUGAUUUCAAGACCAUGGAGUUGGUUGUUGAAGAUGGAGUGUCUGGGUGGGAGAUGAAGGAUUGGAGUUAAAUGUUGGUUUCAAUGUGUAUGAGCAUGACAACAUAGCAUAUUAUUUGAUACCCUAACAUGCUAAUAGAAUGUUCUAUUGUUAGUUACAUGGAGU